UUUACCUACGACUUCUCCUACUUCUCAGCGGACCCGAAAAAUGCAAACUACAUAUCUCAAGAAUGGGUUUUUAAGGAUCUUGGCAGCGAAGUUCUCAAGUCAGCAUUUGAAGGGUACAACGCCUGUGUCUUUGCCUAUGGACAGACUGGCUCUGGAAAGUCCUAUACUAUGAUGGGAAACCCGGGUGAUUCUGGUCUAAUACCCCGGAUUUGUGAAGGAUUGUUCAGUAGGAUUGCUGAUGUUACAAGGAGGGGUGAUGCAUCAUUUCGUACAGAAGUAAGCUACCUAGAAAUUUACAAUGAGCGCGUGAGAGAUCUGCUUCGAAGAAAGUCAUCAAAAACCUUUAAUUUGCGAGUUCGAGAGCAUCCCAAAGAAGGCCCUUAUGUUGAAGACUUGUCAAAGCACUUAGUUCAGAAUUACAGUGACGUGGAGGAGUUAAUGGAUGCUGGGAACAUUAACAGGACCACAGCUGCCACCGGAAUGAAUGAUGUGAGCAGUCGAUCGCACGCCAUCUUUACCAUCAACUUCACUCAGGCUAAAUUUGAUGCUGAAAUGCCUUGUGAGACAGUAAGCAAGAUUCAUUUAGUGGAUCUGGCUGGAAGUGAGAGAGCUGAUGCUACCGGCGCAACUGGCGUGCGACUUAAAGAAGGAGGAAACAUUAAUAAAUCUCUUGUAACUCUGGGAAAUGUAAUUUCUGCCUUAGCUGAUUUAUCUCAGGAUGCAACCAACCAUCUUGCGAAGAAAAAAAGCAAGUGUUCGUGCCUUACCGGGAUUCUGUUCUGACUUGGCUGUUAAAAGAUAGCCUGGGAGGAAACGCUAAAAACUAUAAUGAUUGCCACUAUUUCGCCUGCUGAUAUCAAUUAUGGAGAAACCUUAAGUACACUUCGCUAUGCAAACAGAGCCAAAAACAUUAUC